CCCAGUGGUUCCACCAUAGUUCCGGCUCACGGCCAUCAUCUCCUUGGAAGCAGAAGAAGAAGAAGAAGUAGUUCCACCACCUAUCUCUGUGUUCUGUUUGUCUCCAUUAAAUAUGUUACCACCCACGAAACGGGUCCAUGUGGAUAGUAAGUACUGUUGGAGUGCGAUUCUGUUUAUGGCUACUGCUUUUUAUGUCUGGCGGAUCACUCUACGGCACCCGACCGUCUUGCACAUCGCAAGUCCCCUCCUAAGCAGCAACCUAAGCAAGUCGCUUCGAUUCACUUCUCCGGAACCCGCGGAGAACACGACGGUGAACCCGACGACGGUGAACCCGCACCCUUACACGUUCAUCAUCAACAAGCCUAACCUAUGUGAAACUCCCGAAGAAGUCCUUCUGGUCGUUGUCGUUAUAACUGCACCUACACAUUUCGAUCGCCGAAUCGCCAUCCGUUCCUCAUGGGGCCAGGCAAGCUUAGAACAAGGCUUCAAAGUCGCCUUUUUUAUAGGGCUUCCGAAAGACAAGUCCGUCCAGCCCCUUAUCGAGGCCGAAGCCGCCGUCUCCAAGGACAUCAUCCAAGAGAACUUCGUAGACACGUACGGGAACCUCACCUUGAAGUCCAUCAUGAUGGUUCGUUGGAUAACCGAGUACUGUUCGAAAGUCAACUUUGUGCUCAAGAUAGACGAUGACAUGUUGUUGAACCCCCGGAACUUAUGGGCGGAAGUGACGACCUCGUUACGGAAUUUUACCAUGGCUGCUUGGGGCGUUCUGGGGAAAGGUGUCAAGACGGAUCGCAAUCCUGUGAGCAAGUGGUACCUUUCCCACCGUAUGUAUAAGAGUGAAGUUCUUCCAGACUUGCUAUUUGGACCAGCGUACAUGUUCACCGGGGAUUGUGCCCCUGCACUGUAUAAUCUCAGCUUUACGGUGCCUUUCUUUUGUCUGGAAGACGUCUAUUUAACCGGGAUGGUCGCCAAGAAGGCCGGUAUACGUUUGAUACAUCAUGCUGGUUUUUCUAACAAGCUCUCCCCCAUCACUCAGCGCAAUGGAAGUCGGCAAAUAACUAGCCAUGGCUACAAGCCGUUGGACAUGCUGGCAUCAUGGAAGCGACGGCCUUUUUUGGUUGCAACAUAGCUACGAAUGACACAGUGAGGACACUUAAUAAAAGCUCUCGGAGAUUCAA